AUAGUCAGCAAAAGUGGAGAUCAGAACGUUAUAUCAGUGAGUGUACCAGACAAAUUAUACAGUUACCUUAAAGACUUAUGCACAACUCUGAUAGACAUACAAUGGCGAUGGAAUUUGUUGAUGUUUGCUGGUACCUUUGUAAUCAGUUGGUUAGUGUUUGCUUCCUUUUAUUUUAUGCUUGCUGAUUUAAAUGGUGAUCUAGAUUCCCAUACACUUGAAGAACGUAAUCCAUGUGUCACCAAUAUUCAUUCAUUUGCUUCUUCCUUUUUGUUCUCAAUCGAAACAAUGACCACCAUUGGAUACGGUUCCAGAUUUGUGACUGAAGCCUGUCCGGGAGCUUAUAUUGGUGUUUUGGUGCAGUCAAUCAUAGGAGCAGCUCUUCAGUUAGCAUUAGCUGGGUUGGUGGUCGCAAAGAUUAGAAGAGCCAAGAAGAGAACUGGUACCAUAUUGUUUAGUAAUGUUGCCUGUAUAUACGAAGAGGAUGAUGGGAUGAAGUUGGUGAUUAGAGUGGGUGAUAUGAGGAAAUCUAGAAUAACUGCCGCACACGUAAGAGGAUAUUUGAUACAGAAAUUUAAAUCAAAACGUGGAACCAUCCCAGUCAGUUACUACACUCUACGUUUCAAGUCUGAAAACGGAACCGAACAAUUAUUUCUACCAUGGCCAUCGCUAAUCAUCCAUGAUAUCAAUGAGGAUUCGCCAUUGUGGGAAGUUUCUAAAGAAGAUUUAGAAUUAGAAAACUUUGAAAUGAUUUUCAUGUUAGAGGGAAUCGCCUCUUCUACGAGUAUGGCAUUUCAAGCGAAGAAAGCUUAUGCACCUUGUGAUUUCAAAUGGGGGAGAAGAUUCCAUGCUUUAGGUGUUACAACUGAUUAUGUUGGUGAAAAUUAUGUGGAUUAUGAACAUUUUCAUUUGACGUAUCCAAUA